AGGUAGGCUGGAUUGAUGUACGCAGAAAUAUUAAAAAAUUUCAAGCACGUUAUAGAGGUAAAAAAAAGUGAUAGUUCUACACUUCGUGACAAAGAAGUUGCAUGGUCUGAAAUUUGCAAACGAUACAAUGACUCUACAAUGGUUUUGCAAGAGCGUACAGUUCAACAAUUAAAGAAACUAUGGGCCAAUAUGAAACAAAGUCAACAAGAAGUAUUAAUCAAAGAGAAACAAUCUUGUUUAGCUACUGGUGGCGGUCCACCUCUUUCUGACAAUGAGACAAACAUUGAUCCUGAUAUAGCAGUAAUAACACCACAUCUUAUGGAAACAGCUCCUGUUCUAUUUUCAUCGAACAUGACAGGAGAUGAAAUUAAUAGUAAGUAGUCUUCAGAACGUAUUAAAAUAAGAAAAUAGAUGUUAUAUAGAAAAUAGUAUACAUACUAUUUGACAUGAUCAAUACGAUAUGUACGCAUCUUUUCUUGAACUUGCUUCGCUAGAUCUAGGGAGACGAAUCAUUGUCCACGGAUGUACUUG